AUGGCCUCCCUCUUCACGCAGCGCAGCGCGCGUCGCUCCAACCAAACACUACCCCAACCAACACCCUCAUCAGCCAACACCGACCUCUCCCGUCACACCUCUCUCCAAUCCCACUCAUCCUGGUCCCCCGGCGGUCUUCCCCAGCGCCUCCUCCCUCCCCAGAACCCCCGACCGCACACAGUAACCCCAGAACAAUUCACCUCUCUCUCGCAGCAAUUUUCAACCCUCCACGCAGACCUCACCACCCAAGCAAGUCUUUUGCUAGGAGAAAUCCUCGCCCUCCAGCAAACCCUUCCCGUCGUCCGCCUCUCAGAAACCUCAACCAACCUAGACAUAACCGCAUUCCUCCAAGCCCUACUUCACGGGAAGCUCUCCUCCGCCCUCACCCCACCAGUCCCUUCCCAACAUGAGGAAACCCCCAAACCCCCCCGCCCCAUCAGAGCCCUCUCCCGAGAAAUCCAAGCCUGCCUCUCCAAAAACGACUACUUUGCUGCAAUCGGCACAGCAAUCGACGACCUGCGCCCCUCUGCCAAAGGUGACUCCCCCGACGCCGAGCAAGAGACCAGGGAUCGAAUGGACUUGCUCCGAUCUGCAAUGCCAGAAGGGGAGACAUACGAACAAUUCUGGGCCGAUGUCGCUAUGCAUCUUGAUCACGAGUUUUCUGUUUCUGCUGAGGCUGGGUAUGUUAAUUCGACAACGUUCAAAUCUGGGGUGGGGGUGGGAGAGAUACCGAGAGAAAGGUUUUUGGCUACGAGUGAUGGGUUUGCUUGGGAUGUGGAGGAGUUGGUUGGGGAGAUUGUGAGGGGAAAGGGGGAGUUUAAGAAUCCGGUUACCGGGAGGGUGUUUGAAGGGGGGGAUGUCGAGUUGAUUAGACGGCAUCCAUUGGGGAGAGGGGUUGAUGAGGCUGUGCUUGCUCUGCAGAGAGAGCAGGGGCAGAUGGAAGGAAAGGCGGAGAUGGAUGGGCAAGAGAAGGCCGGGAUGGAUGGGCUUGGGAAAGGGGAGGAGAGGUGGGAGGCAAAGUUGUCGGCUCAGUGGGCGAGGCAGAUGCAUGAGAACAUAAGGGAGAAGGCGGAGAAGGAGAGGAAAUUGUCGGGGUUGAUGUCGGGGUUUGGGAGGUUGAAGCUGGAGGUGACAUCGCCAACGACAGCUGCUGUUGAACUGCCAGCAACAACGGCAGUGAGAUCAGACGAUGUGCCCUCAAAGACAGCUAGUCCAUUCAUUCCCGGGGCGUUCCCUGACUACACGACCCUUGCGGAACUGCCAGGCUCAAAUGAGCAUGACAACAUCAAGAAGGAGGAAGAGGGCAACAAGGCGAAUGCUGGAGAGCCAGAUUACAAGUCUUUUGCAUGGUACAAUAAGUACUUUCACUCCAUGUACGGUCAACAUUAG